AAAAAAAACCAAACAGCUGAUCAGGAUGGAGGAUCAAGAACCAACGAAGAACAACACCACCAGCCCAGAACCACUACCACUCUCAUUCCCUGCCAUCCUCAUCAACCCAAAACUCAAACACCUCUCAAGCCAACUACCCAAGAACCUACAUCAGCAUCGACCAAAGAAAUCAGCUGACUCACCUGGCACCGAUCAGACUCGACCGAUUGGCAAACGGAGACUGAAGAGGGUUGCAAAUGCUCAAUUCAGCUCAAAUCCGCAUGUCAGUCGACCGACAACUAGGGAUUAUCAACUCUGGACAGCAGACCCGCAGGCCAAAUUUCCGACUCCACCUCCGCGAGGAUAUCCGAGUUCGUUAUACGUCCCCCCGUCGGAGCCGAUUCCGAUCGACCCGUUCUCGGCGACCAUGGGCGCAUUCAAUCGGUCAUUGAAAGGGGUCCGGAAGAACAUCCGCCGAUUAGUUGGGCCAGAUCCUUCUCCAGGCGCUUGCCCGGGUCCGGUGGAAGAGAUCCUGCUAAAGAUCGACCAACGGUUAUCGGCUUGGGUCGACUCGAAGACGGUCUGGAAGGCCACAGAGACGGACUAUUCGCGGACGAUGGUCGAGCCUAAUCCCUGGCCGCAACCCGCCCCGCUCAGACACCAUCCGCUCCCGGAACCCAGUGCGGAACCGUCGAUCGUCGAGAUCAGUCGCUCCCCACACAUGUUGAACUGGGAGGUCCCGAAUCCAUUCGGGAGAUAUCUGGUCCACUGUGUGGCCCGAUACUACGGCAUCGUCUCCUUCUCUCGUCCGCUUCCCUCCCCCUCCAACCCCACUCCAUCCCAUUCACAAAGAACCGUGGUCUGCAUGGUCAAGGCUCAUUUCCCGACCCGAAGGGGCUCCCGGAUCGACGGCAACCAGUCCCUCGAUACUCCGCCCACAACCGACCUGGACAGCGAACUAUCUGCAGUCGAAGUACUUUCUGAAGACUCUGGGGCCGUCACCGACGAUGAGCCCGCACGCUCCUCCUCCCCAUCGUCAUCACCCGUCGACAAUCCUAUCCUGCCCUCAACAACACCCAAACCAGUCAUCCUCGCCCACUCUGAGGAUGCCAGCGACCCUUCUAAGGAUAUCGAGCUCGUCGAUCCGGAGGCUGCUGAUCACUCUUCUUUGGACUCCUUUGGAGACCAUCUUGAGGACGACGACGAUCGCCGCUCUUUAUCUACGCCUGAAGAGAAUCCUCAGCUCGUCUGCUCGACGAUCAACCAUCAUCUCGACCCUCUUCUUCAUGAUGAUGAUGAUCAGGAUCCAAAUCGAACUCUCACUCAUCUCUCUUUCUCUUCUGGCUUCUCAAAUACAUCGCCUGCCCAUCUUCCUCCUCUGCACUCUUCUGCUCCUUCUCUCGCUAAACCUCAGGGCAAAAGCGUCUCUACUCAUCUGCCUCAGAUUAGCUUUCUGGAUUGGGUCCGGAGUUGAAUCUUCUUUCUCCUCUUGGACACACUUCCUCUUACUUGUUGCUCAGCCUUUUUUUUUUUUUGACUUUUUGUAAUAAUAAAAAUGAUCUUGCUGUAUU